AUGGCUCACCCAUCCCACCCACACUCCCUUCACCGAGAGCCAACCAGCUCCCCACAGGGAUCAGCGCAUUCCACCGAGACAAGCUCGAUGCACGAAGCCGAUUCCCUCCCCCUCUUAGUUCAACACCGAACCGGUACCCUCCACUCUCCCACUACCGGCCACGCUUUCAUCUACGUCCACCCAUCGCCUCCCAUCAGCCUCGCAUUGCUUACCAAAAACGCGAUCCAAGCGCUCAGAGAGACGCACAAUUCUAACAACAGCCAAGUCAUACCGGGGACCGCCAUUGUCGAAUGCUUGACCGUGCAUUGGGGGGUUCCAGCCCAGAGACCCGGUGCGCUGGCUUUCCCAGCUACCACUCAGCUUUCCGAGGAGAACAUGGAGAUAGUCUUGAGUUACAUGCGUCGUGGUAGAGGCUAUGAAUUUGUGGAAAUUCGGUUCAAAGAGCCGGCCGCGGAUCCACCGUUGGGAUCUCUUCCAAUCCGCUCUUCUCGGGAGGUCCCACCCGGUCAAUCGAUGAACAAAAGAAAGGAUCAACCCGAUCAGCCGAAGGGUGCUGAAGGAGGGUUUAAAACUUCACAACUGCGGGGACAAAAUCCUGCCCUUGGCAAGAGGAGACAAAUGCUCGCACCCGAACCUCAAAGCCAUAUUUUACACCCCCCGAUAACCCACACCAAUCCCCUCUACGUCACUUCUGCAACCUUCUUCGUAACCUAUCCAGGAUUACCGCCGGAUGUGGAGCGCCCGCUCGUGAACCGGGGGAGUUUAGAGGCGAGACGGAGAAAUCUCCUAACGGAGACACAAACUCGGUGCGGUGUUACGGUUCUCGAGAAGACCGGGGCAUAUGGUCCGACUGAGGUCUAUCUUCUUGCAGUAUGGAUAGGAGGAAGCUCGCAUAAGCGGACGGUUGUGGCCGAGGAGUCUUGA